AUGCUAGUGCCCUGUCGAAGGCUCUUCCGUGGCCUCCUCUCACCCCUCGGGAGCUAUCAUACCUGUCUGGCAACAACGCGAUCGAAAAUCUGCCGGACAGUCUUCACAGUUAUCCAUCCUCCACCACUUCGAAAUACAUUCACACGGAAGCACUUCACUACAGAGUUACCUCGUACAGAUAGUACUAGGUUCACAGUGCAGGUUAAAGGACCCCAUGAAACCGAAGAAGAUGACCACCGAGACCUACUCCUUGCGCAACUGGAAAAGAUCCCCCGGGAUACUCAGUUUCUCGAAAUAACGGAAGAUACACCCUCGAACGUGGAAUGGGAGCUGCUUAGAAACCAUCUCAAUCAGAUAAAGGACCUGGAGAUGUGCAGUGGUUUCAACGAGGAGUUGAACGACGCGGAACUACCGGAACAUUGGCCGCUGGAACGGCUUUGCGUUAGUAGCGCCUGCGGAGAAGUGUUCCGGAGUUCAUUCGUUCUCGAAGGAAGAGUCAAGCAUCUCGCUCUACUAUUAACAUCAGGACUACAAUUCGAAGGCCCGACGAGUAAUGAACUAUGUCAAGCGAACAGUGAAGCGAUUGCUCGAGGAGAAAAGGAACCCAGGUACGCCAGCGAGAAGAAGAGAUUGCAGAUGAUAUCGAUUCCAGAACUGGUCGUUGAAAACAUCAAAGAGCGAUGGGUGGGGAUUGAACCAACGCUGCCGCCAACCACACGCAAUGAUAACCUACCGCUUCUUCCUAAAGAAGUACCCAGCAAGAUGACCAAACUGGAGAUCAUUGAAAAUGAUUCCAUCGACACUUUCAACCGAAUGACGGUUGCGCUUCCUCAUAUCGUGGAGCGGCUCUCCACACUCAACAUUCGCUCUACAGACGGAUUAGAUUUUCAUUUCACCAAGGAAGGCCUGUUUACAUGUAUCCUUCCGCAGCUGUCAACGUUGAAAACCCUCGUUCUUUCAGUUGGCGAGGUCUUCGAGAGUGAAACCCUUCUUUCCUCUCUCUACACGAUCCUCCCCCCAAAUCUCUCAACUUUACGCUUUAGAGGUCCGACGUCGCUUGUAAAGACCAGCGAGUGGGACAAUUGGAUGAAGUCCUUCGCUUCUUCCGACUUUCUACCAAAUCUGAAACGACUUAGCUUUGUACUCGACCUACACUAUGGGGAUCCAGAGAACAACUCAUACCGCCGAAAGAAACUUAACACAGCUCCGGAGGACGCGCUUCGAGAUGCGCAGGAUGAGUGCGAAAAGCUUUACCGCGCUGUUGAGCAGCGUGGCGUUGUAGUUGAGCCAUUCCAUGAUGAAUGGGCUACUCGUGGGUCAUUUCUCAAGCAAGUUGAUGAGCGGUGGAUGCAACUUUGA